CGGUGCAGCAUGAGCGGGGCCCCCGGACCUCGACGAUACGGAAGCAGGUGGCCCUCUACUUCCGCGGGCACAAGGAGGAGAGUGGUGGAGCCCCGCACUUCCCUGCCGCCGCCUUGCCGGCCCCUGCCUUCUUCACUGCCGUCUCCCAGCUGGAACCCCACGGCCUGGAGCUGGCCGCCGUCACCAGCACUCCCGAGAGGCAGGCUCUGGUGGGCCUGGCACAGCCUACCCCAAAGUACCCACAUGAAGUCAAUGGUACUCCUAUGUACCUCUACGAAGUGGCUACCGAAUCCGUCUGCGAGUCAGCAGCCAGACUUCUGUUCAUGAGCAUCAAGUGGGCUAAAAGCGUCCCAGCCUUCUCCACUUUGUCCUUACAAGACCAGCUGAUGCUUUUGGAAGAUGCUUGGAGAGAACUGUUUGUUCUAGGAAUAGCACAAUGGGCCAUUCCAGUCGAUGCUAACACUCUACUGGCUGUAUCUGGCAUGAAUGGUGACAAUACAGAUUCUCAGAAGCUGAAUAAAAUUAUUUCGGAAAUACAGGCUUUACAGGAGGUUGUGGCUAGAUUUAGACAACUUCGGCUAGAUGCUACUGAAUUCGCCUGUCUCAAAUGCAUUGUCACUUUUAAAGCUGUGCCUACGCACAGCGGUUCCGAAUUGAGGAGUUUCCGAAAUGCUGCUGCCAUAGCAGCCCUUCAGGAUGAAGCCCAGCUCACUCUGAACAGCUACAUUCACACCAGGUAUCCCACACAACCCUGUCGUUUUGGAAAACUUUUAUUGCUCUUACCAGCUUUACGUUCGAUUAGUCCAUCUACAAUAGAAGAAGUGUUUUUCAAAAAGACCAUUGGGAAUGUACCAAUUACAAGACUGCUUUCAGAUAUGUACAAAUCCAGUGACAUAUAAAUGACCUUAAAAUAAACGAUCAGGAUGGACAGUUUGAUAAGAAUCUUUUAUCUACAGAGAAUAAGCCUCAACUAACAAAAUCUACAGGAAGCAUAAGCCUGGGAAUGUUUAGCCUUUAAACCCAUUGACAAAAAAUACCCCAGUAGAUAUGAUUCUGCUGCUCUCAACAGAGUGAUUUAGAUCAUGGAGAGAAUGUUUUGUUCUACAGAAAAAGUGAAAGUGGUUGGAAUUUGGCUGCUAUUCCUGUUACUACAGGAUGGAGGCAAUUCAGAUGCCAGUCAUAGUUAACAAAGACUCCGCUAUUCUCUCUUUUAACUGGCAGAUCUGAGACAAAAUGUGAAAGAAGGUACUUCAGUUUGCUUAGUAUUUGGAACCGGGUGACCAAACUUGGCUUCUGUCGUAACAUGAGAUGCGGUGGCCUUCAGAACUGUUUUAAAAGUACCCUAUGUUGGGAAAAUGUUUUUAAUACGAUCGGCAACAUUGAAGACCAGGUUACCAAAACAUUGCUUCUGCUAUAAUACAUCAUGAAGUGGCCUUCAGAACUGAUUAAAAAGCAGCUUAUGACGGCAGCUCCAUUCUUCCUGCAACAUGAACUGGUGACCUUUGAUGCAGAUGUCACCACAAUUUGUUUGCUUAACAUCUCAAAGACAGAAGAGCUUUACACACUUCCUCCCCAACCUUCCCUCCUUCUUCCACACAUGCAGAUACACGUUCACACCCACCCACACCUGAAAAGACACAAGCCAAGAAAGGAAGACUAAAAACAGCAAAACCAAAUACAAUGGAGAUGACUGCUUCAGUGACCUGCUGGCUGUCCUGUUGGCACAGUGCUGAAACCAAAGGCAACGGUGGCCAAACUCCUUGUCAAUGAGAUGUGCAGAGAAGUGAAAUGACUAUUAAAGAAAAGAAAAAAAAAAAAUCAAUGGAAGGAAUUUUAUUUCAGAGAAAUAAAGGUUGUUGACUGAUACAAUGCUAACAAUUUCCAAAAGUCUCCAAUGCCUUUUUAGAAAACUCCAGGUUCUAAUUUUGAAGCCUUGUUCACCUACACCGUCUCACACACAAAAACGUUAUAAGCUGCUUAUUUGAUGUAUGAAAAAUGUAGAAAAAAAACCAUUUAAAGAUAGCUGCUGUACUUUUCAAAAUUUGAUUUUUUAUUAGGAACUAGCACUGAGAAAAAUCAGCACUUGGACUAUCAUAGAAUGAGUAAAACUUUUCCUGUACAAAGUGGAUUAACUGAUUUGUGAAGUUAAAAAGUUGUACUCAUUGUAUUUACAAAGAAUAAAAAUAUAUUGAA